AUGGGCGAUGGAAGAGCAGAGCAGGGACGCGGCCCCAUCGGGUUGGCGUCAGCCGAGAGAAUGCGAGAUCUGGGGAGCACAGGGCAUCUGGGGAGCACAGGGCGCACGGGAGACUGGGCCAGUGGUGGGGCUGGAGGAGGAGGAGGAGAAGGAGGAGGAGGCGGCAGCCGCGGGCUCAAGGACGUAGCCGGAACCUCGGCCACCAGUCCCCCAGCCGGAUCUGAGACAACCUGCACUGAGAGCGAGCGCCAGACUGGAGCCAACGAAGCGGAUUAUUGCCGCCGGAUCCUUGUCCGAGAUGCCAAGGGGACUAUCCGGGAAAUCGUCCUCCCCAAAGGUCUCGACCUGGAUCGACCAAAGAGGACCAGAACAUCCUUCACAGCUGAACAACUGUACCGUUUGGAGAUGGAAUUCCAGAGAUGUCAGUACGUGGUGGGAAGAGAACGGACGGAGCUGGCCCGGCAACUGCAUCUCUCAGAGACCCAGGUCAAGGUAUGGUUCCAGAACCGUCGGACAAAGCAGAAGAAGGACCAGAGUCGGGACUCGGAGAAGCACUCGUCAACUUCCACUUCUGAGGCCUUUGCCACAUCCAACAUCUUACGACUUUUGGAGCAGGGACGUCUUCUCUCAGUCCCUGGGGCCUCUAGCCUCCUAUCCCUGACCACCACACCACCAGGCCUAACCACCAGCAAUGGGGCCACCACCCUGGGGCUCCCCCGGAACUCCUCUUCAAGCCUCACUGGGACCAGCCCAACUGAGAGCCCUCACAAAGCAGGAGCCACCUUCAGCCUCAUCGGUCCCCAAAUGGCCUCAACCUCUUCUUCUGCUCGAUUCCCAGCCCCACCAGCUCCAAUAUGCUUUACCACAACCUCACUCGUGGACUUGCCCAGUGGGUAUGAAUUGGGUACCUCAGCAUUUGAACCAUACAGUCGGCUGGAGAGGAAAAACAGUGGCCCUGGCAACAAGAAGACUAAUACAACUUAACCACCUCCUUAGUCCACACUGACACUCCCUACCACACAUCCAUUUGUUCUCCCACCUCCCA